AUGGCUACCGACAAGGGGCUCGAGGAUAUCGAGCAAUCCCAGAUCGAGUCUAACUAUGACGAGACUGUCGACUCCUUCGAUGAGAUGAACCUCAAGGCCGAGUUGCUACGAGGUGUCUAUGCUUAUGGAUUCGAGCGUCCUUCUGCUAUUCAGCAGCGCGCGAUCAUGCCGGUAAUCAAGGGUCACGAUGUAAUUGCGCAGGCCCAGUCUGGUACUGGCAAGACCGCUACUUUCUCUAUCUCCGUUCUCCAGAAGAUCGACCCGAACGUCAAGCAGUGCCAGGCCCUUAUUCUGGCUCCUACCCGUGAGCUGGCUCAACAGAUUCAGAAGGUCGUUGUCGCUAUUGGCGACUUCAUGAGCAUUGAGUGCCAUGCCUGCAUCGGCGGAACUAGCGUCCGUGAUGACAUGAAGGCCCUUCAGGAAGGCCCCCAGGUCGUUGUCGGCACUCCCGGCCGUGUCCAGGAUAUGAUUCAGCGACGAUUCCUCAAGACUGACGGCAUGAAGAUGUUCGUUCUUGACGAAGCCGAUGAGAUGCUUUCUCGUGGUUUCACCGAGCAAAUCUACGAUAUCUUCCAACUUCUUCCUCAGUCCACCCAGGUCGUUCUUCUAUCUGCCACCAUGCCCCAGGAUGUUCUUGAGGUCACAACCAAGUUCAUGCGAGACCCCGUCCGCAUUCUCGUCAAGAAGGACGAGCUUACCCUUGAGGGUAUCAAGCAAUUCUACAUUGCUGUCGAGAAGGAGGAGUGGAAGCUCGACACUCUCUCCGAUCUCUACGAGACCGUCACCAUCACGCAGGCAGUUAUCUUCUGCAACACCCGUAGAAAGGUUGACUGGCUUACUGAUAAGCUCACUGCCCGUGACUUCACUGUGUCGGCUAUGCACGGUGACAUGGACCAGGCCCAGCGUGAUCUUAUUAUGAAGGAGUUCCGAUCCGGUUCUUCUCGUGUUCUGAUCGCCACUGAUCUUCUGGCCCGUGGUAUCGACGUCCAGCAGGUGUCUCUAGUCAUCAACUACGAUCUCCCUGCUAACCGUGAGAACUACAUCCACCGUAUCGGUCGUGGUGGUCGAUUCGGCCGAAAGGGUGUUGCCAUCAACUUCGUUACCGCUGAGGACGUCCGAAUGAUGCGUGAGAUCGAGCAGUUCUACAGCACCCAGAUCGAGGAGAUGCCGAUGAACGUGGCCGACCUCAUCUAA